GUGACUCUAUUCCUAGCUAUCGACAUUUUGACGCCGGCCUCCGUGCUUCUUUGCGCUCUCUCCGCAAGGCUCUUCUCGCCUGUCGCGUCUCAGAUAUCCCCUUGCACCUGAGACGGAUGUGUGACGACUCGUCCACAAUGUCUUCAACCUCCUCCAGGGGCAAACAUGACAAGGUGACGAGACUCUACGAGUGCCAUGUCCCUGGCCUAUCCAGAUCCAUAAUCUCAGUUCCUAGAUCCGGACUCUCUCCUGUUCCGUCCUUUGCACAGCCUCCUGCUUUCUCGCGGGCCUACAUAUGUCUCCUGUGUUGCUGUUUCGAAAUGCGUUUCUUUCCUCUCUCCAUUCCAUCUUUAUACCAACCAAAAGUGGUCUUCGUGUACUCUCUAGUACCGGUCCUGUUCAUUCCUUUUCUGCUGCUUGACGCACUGCAGUUUUCUGUUCUUGCGCCGGUCGCUCGUUGUCUCGUACCAUCCCAGCCGUCCAUCUCCAAUAUCAAACAUUAUUUGACACCUCACUUUUCCCUCGCAAAAUCUCGCCAAACAUGUCUUUGAAGACUCUUCUCGUCUCCACCCUUUUCGCGGCGUCUGCCUUCGCGCAGUAUGGCAGCGGCGGUUAUGGUGGUGGCAGCUAUAGCGGCAGCGGCUCCGGCAGCGGUAGCGGUGGUUGGAGCAGUUGGGGCAGCGGCAGCAGUCAAGGACCUCCAGCAUUCGCUGCAGCGUCCUGCCCGUCUGGUUGCCAGCCGAUGCAGACUGGCAGCGCACCACCAAUGUCGACUCAACCCGGUCAAUUGAUUGUCCAGGUUGUGUCUGUCUCGGACGCAAACGGCUCUCUGAAGUAUUUUCCCAACAAGGUCACCGCGCCAAUCGGAUCUGUUGUCCAAUUCCAGUUUCACCCAAAGAACCACACCGUCACAGAGUCGUCCUUUGCUGACCCUUGCAAACCUAUUGCCGCCAAUCUCACUUCCGCCACACGUCCUGGGCUGAAAUCUGGCUUCGUUCCGCUGACCGGCACUGAGCCAUUUACCCCGGUUUACAACGUCCUGGUCAACGACACCAAGCCCAUCUGGAUUUACUGCGGCCAGACCAACCACUGCGAAAAGGGUAUGGCCAUGGUUAUCAACCAGAACGACUCGUCACCUAACACUAUCGACGCCUACAUUGCCAACGCGGCCAAGAUACCACUCGUUAAUGUCACCACUCCUCCUCCCAGCGGUAGUGCUCCGCCUCCAGCUUAUGGCGGCCCGCCACCUUCGGAGUCAUCGGCGCCUCCUGCUGCGCCUCCAGCUGAAUCGACGUUCGCCUUUGGUGGUGCGCCUCCGGCAAGCUCCUCGCCCGUCGCCCCAGCACAGACUGUUGCGCCACCUUCGAGCUCAGCAGUCGUGGCUCCUGCUACAUUUACUGGUGCCGCUGUUCCAGGCUUCGUGCCUCAAUCAUCAACAGGUGUGGUCGGUCUUGCUCUCGGUGCGCUGCUGGCUCUGUGGUAAUACCUUUUCUCGACGAACCGAGUCCGAUAUACCCCUGAAUGGAGAAAAAAAACAAAAAUCCGGCGCAAAUAGAAAAGGGAGGGGGGAACCCUCAUUACCCACGCCGCUCCCAGUGUCAUUUGUGAGGUGCGGGCAAUGUCUCUGAACUCCCUCGGCAAGGUCCCGAGGUUGAGUCGAGUCAACGUUUACAGUCCGCAACAUGGGAAAUGGAGGAGAGAAUAUUAUUUUGAAUUGGGAAGUCCCCAAGGACAGUGGGAAGUUGGGAGGUAGUGCUCUCCUAUGGACGACACUUUUUUACAGAACCUUUUUUCUUUUCUUUUACUCAAAUACCACCUUUUGAUACCAAGCUAGCUGCAUAUGUAUACUAUGUCAGCUGCAUGCCACGUGUGUAACUACUGCCAGAAGACGCAGAAAUAUACAAAAAUGUCCAGAUACAAAAUACUCGGUACAGAG